CGUGGAGACAUGCAGGUGUACUGUUGGGGCGACAGCUCCUCUGGACAGUUCGGUCCUCAGGCAGCUYUGAGCCCGGUAUGCUGGUCUGUCCCCGGGGUUUUGAGCAGCAUUAGCUGCGGAGAACGGCAUACUUUAUUCCUCAAAGCAGACGGAAAAGUUUUGUCGUGCGGGCAGAACUCGCUGGGUCAACUUGGACGAAGAUUUCAAAAUGGGCAAGUGCUAGGCUGCGUGGAAAGUCUGGGUGGUGUUGUGGCAGUGGCCUGUGGUCAGAACCAUUGUCUGGCUCUGUGUGAAUCCGGACACGUGUUCGCUUGGGGGGCAGGAGACGAUGGACAGCUGGGGCUGCUAGCAGGGCAGGUUUACAGCAGUCAUAAACCAAGCUCRGUGCCUAUACCAAUCCCCUUCCAGAUAGUUCAGGUUGCUUGUGGAAACUCUCAUUCCCUGGCAUUGACUAAAGGUGGAGAUGUCUUCUCGUGGGGUUCAAACAGUCAUGGUCAGCUGGGCCUGGGGAAGGAGGUGUCACAACAGCUAAAACCUGUCCUGGUGUGCGCCCUGAACGGGGUCGCAGUGACUCAGAUUUCAGCCGGAGGAAGCCACACUAUGUUCCUCACGCUCCCCGGCCUGGUGUACUGCUGUGGUGCCAAYAAGUACAGUCAGCUGGGGCUCAACAGGGUGGAUGAAAAAGGCAGGUUCAACGUCUGUUUGGUACCUGCCCUCAGACCUCUGAGUGUCUCCUUCAUAAGCUGUGGAGAGUCUCACACUGCCRUGUUAACAAAGGAAGGAAACGUUUUCACUUUUGGAGAGGGAAGCCACGGUCAGCUCGGUCACGCCUCCAACGCCAAUGAAAUGAGACCCAGACAAGUUGACGGUCUUGGCGGACCUGUGUCCCAGAUUGCAUGUGGGAGGCGUCACACUUUGGUUUUGAGUUCCUCUGGCCAGCUGUGGGCAUUUGGCAGUGGAGACAAAGGUCAGAUGGGGACCGGACGGCGAGAGGGCAGUCUGUCUCCAGUCCUGGUUCAGCUUCCGUGGACCUCUGAUAAUGACUCAGAGAUGCCAAGUGCAAACUUGAAAAUAUCAGCUGGUUGGAAUACRAACUUCAUUUACACUUCAUCUGCAAAGAUUGCUGCAAAAGCUCGUAGAAAUGGGCAAAUAACCGGAAGGCUUGAUGAGCCCAAACUGCAAAGAUGGUUAACAAGGACACACAGCAACRUUGAGACAAGGAGAGAAAUAGAGUCRAUGUUUUUGACAUGUUCCAGUCUCGUUGCCAGUUUUACAAAAGCCAAUGGGACACCAUUGGAGGCAGGUGCUUUAACAGURGACCUUGAAGCUGCCAGCCGAGCUUUUGACCAGAUGUUGGCAAUCCCAUGGAUCAAACAAUCAGUUAAGGAGAUAUUUCCCAGAUACCCUUCCAUGAUGUGGGCCAUCAGACAUGUGAAAACGUUGUUUUGUAAUUUAAUGAAGCUACUUUCCAUUCAGGUGAAUCUUGAUGUCCUGUUGGACUUGAUUAUGAUCUCAAGAACUGUCAUGAAAUCUCCGGAGAUCAUUCUGAUUUUGCUSACGUGCCCCCUUCUGCAAGAGGACUCCAGCGUGAUGACUAGAGCUUUGCCUCUGGCUAUUGCAAUAGCUCAUCUCAGCGAGAAGGCACAAGCAGCACUAAAGAGUUGGUGGUCUUCUCUGUCGACCCCUUUACUGACGAGACACAUCUUGGUUUUCAAAAACGCCCUGGCUUUCAUGCUAAAGAACGGCCUCUUAGAAACUCACAACCCAGGAGUCAAGUUUCUGCUGGAAGCCCUGAAGCUGCUCUACAAAGCAAACAAAACUGGGAAGUCGUACACAGUCCCACUGAACACCUUUUAUGUGAAGGAAAUCUGCUCGACUGUUAAUGCAUUUUCAGAUACCGCGCUUUGGUUGGGGUAUUAUAAUAGGGAUGAUGAGUUCACACCGGAGAGCACACCUGUCAUUUUCUGUCGCUAUCCAUUUGUUUUGCCUCUGAUUUGCAAGAUGGCAGUGUUUAACAUCUUCGCACGUGUGUCAAAGGAAGCACAUCAUUUUGCGCGUGCAUUGGGUGUACCGUGGCCUGAACAGGGGAUUUUGGACGCUCCAGAGUCGUCUUGUGCUCCAGUUUUCCAACUGAUUCUGAGACGAACACACUUGGUYGAGGACACCUUCAGACAGCUCGCUGCAACCGAUCACUCUGUCUUCAAAAGGGAGCUUCUGGUGCAAUUCAAGGAUGACAGGGAGAUCAUGACUGUGAACAAAAAGGACUUGUUCCUCCACCUGUUUGAGGAGCUAAUGGCUCCUGAAUCUGAAAUGUUUAUUUACAAUGAAAGCAAGACUCUGGCCUGGUUUCCCCCAAAGCCAAACGUGGAGGAGAAGAAGUACUUCCUGUUUGGCAUUUUGUGCGGYCUGGCUCUUUACAACCACAACAUUAUACACCUGCCUUUCCCACUGGCUCUCUUCAAGAAGCUGCUCCAAGUCAAAACUUCUCUGGACGACAUGAAAGAGUUUGAACCUGUUCUGGCAGAAUCUUGGAGGUGCAUUUUGGAGGACUACAGUCCUGAUGAAGUUGAAGCACUGGAGCUUUCUUUCACUGUGCCUUGGGGUGGUGAGGAAUGUGAACUAGAUCCAAACGAAGCUGGAAAACGUGUCACGUGGUCAAACAGGAAAGAGUUUGUUGCCGCCUGUGUCAACCACAUUUUCAACAAAUCAGUGGAGGGAGUGUUUGAAUUGUUCAAGAGGGGUUUUUUCAAAGUGUGCAACAUUGAUGUGGUGGAGUUCUUUCAGCCGGAGGAGUUGCAGUCAGUGAYGGUGGGUCAUGAGAACUACAACUGGGAGGUCUUCAAGCAGAACACUGUUUAUGAAGGAGACUACCAUGCUGACCAUCCAAACAUCAUUACCUUUUGGGAGGUGUUUGAAAAGCUGACAACAGAGGAGAAGAAAAAGUUUCUUUUGUUCCUCACAGGUUCUGACCGCGUGCCCUUCACGGGAAUGGAGUACGUCAUCAUGAGAGUGGCCGUGUUGCCCAACGCCUCUGARCACCAUUUGCCCGAGUCGCUCACCUGCCACACUUUGUUACUGCUCCCCAACUACAGGAGAUACCCGGUGGAGAGGACCAUGAAGACCAGGCUUCUUCAGGCCAUCAAUCACAAUCGAGGCUUUUGGAGGGAGCAGAAAGAUUGAAGCAGAGCUUUCUAUAAAACCCUGAUCUUAGUUUGAGCUGUUCCUGUUUGCACAAUGUGCCACUGUACAAAUACUAGUUUUGUUUUAAACCCGAGUACAGAWUCUUAAAAUGUUUGUACUCGUGUUGUUGGUUUUUGAUCAAAGUAGUGGUGCAUGUAUUUGUUCAAGUUUAUCACAAUAACUGACAUUGCUUUCUCAUGUUGAAGGUUUUAUUGUUUCAUAUUUAUCAGUCAUUGUGUAGCAUUAAGGAAGUGGAGGUUUAAUGUCAUGUAAAAUGUUUCUAUCCAGUUUGCUUUCAACAUUUAAAUGUUUAAGUUCGAUUUCAGAAAACUUUAAAAAUAAAUCMGACAAAUUACUCAUGUAGCUUUGAUACAUGUUAAACAUGGCCAUGGAGGAUAUUUUUGCUUUGAGGAAAAUUCAUUGAACUCGUGAUAAACAUCUUAGGAAAUGUUAUAUUGUUGCAUCUGUAUAAUUUCAUCUUUAGCAUAAAAACACAUCAAAAUAUAUAUAAAAAUGGUAAAAAUAUUACUUUGUCAUUUGUGCAUUAUUAAACCAAAUAAAUGUUCUUGUGUUUCA